AGAAGAAGAAGAAGAAGACGAAGGAAAUGAAUAUCGGGACACAUUGUCGUGGAGAUGAAAUUGAGACAUUGUAUUGAGCACACUGUCUGUAACUACAACGCACUUUGAUAAAGGCUGAAUUUCUCAGACUUUUAAAAAACCCACAUCAUCUGGAAGAAGCAGGAUUUCAGUCCACCACCUGCGUAUAAGGACAGCCUAGAGGCCAUGUCUACAGUGGUGGAUCUCAAGACAAAGGAGGAGAAGGAUGCAGCGCUUGACAGACGGAUCGAGGCUCUGCGCAAGAAGAAUGAAGCUCUGGUCCGGAGGUACCAGGAAAUAGAAGAGGACAAAAAGAAGGCGGAGCAGGAGGGUAUUGCCGUGAAGACGCACCCACCCAGGAAGGGCCGCCCUCACGAUGGCCCGCCAGAGGGAGACCGAUGGAGGACAGAGAAAGAGAACUUUACUGUCACCGUAGACCUCUCCAAACCUGCAGGGGAGAAACGGGUGAUCAAUGACUGGAAACAAGGGCCACCGCGAGACAGGCGGGACUCUGAGGAGGGAUACGACCCCAGACCCCAAGGUGAAAGCCCCCCGCGGAGGGCUUCGUCCGGGCGGCUCAGCAGGGGUGGACAGAGAGGGGGAGGAUCACGGCAGGAGAGGAGAGAGCAACGCACUGACAGACCCCUAGCAGACUCACGCCAGUCCCAUGACAGACCACCAAGAGAGGGGAGACCACCAAGAGAGGAGAGACCACCAAGAGAGGACAGGGGUCCAAGCAUGGAGGGGCCAGGAGAGGGCCCCGGCCGCAGUGAACGUGCCCCACGCAGAGGAAGGGGAGGAAGAGAAAGAGAAGGAGGACCACCACCACAAGGUGGUGACAGGAAGUCUAAGGAGUGGGAGGAGAAAAGGAGGCAGAACAUUGAGAAGAUGAACGAGGAGAUGGAGAAGAUUGCAGAGUAUGAAAGAGGACAAAGGCCUGCCGAGGGAGACAAGCCCAUCCGUAACUUCCUGGAUGACCCGCGGCGCUCCGGCCCAGUCCCGGACAUGGACCGCAAGGAGGGCAGCCGCCGACACGUCCGAAACUGGGGCGGUGUAGACUUUGACAACGUGAAGACAGGAUCUGAGCUGGAGAAGGAGUGGACAAGUCGGAGACCAGGAGGCCCUAAGGGCUCCAUGGAUAUGACCAUGUCUAUGACUGGCCGGGAGCGUGCCGAGUACCUCCGCUGGAAGAAGGAGCGUGAGGAGAUUGACGAGGAGCGUCUGGCCAGGCACAGGAACGCCACGGGCCAGUGGAGACGGGAAUGGGACGCCCAGAAGAUUGACGGCUUGUUCAAGGAGGACCCAGCUGUGGCUGUGGAGGGCAUGCUGCCAGACCAGGGAGGCAGAGACGAUAUGAAGGGGCCUCCCAAGGUGCCAACGUUCGGAGACUUCCUGGGGCAGGGUAGAGGACCCAGGGAGGGGGGGAGGGGACGAGGACAAAGCUACAGCAUGCACGAUAACCGCUGGGAGGCGGAGGAGGAGAAAGAGAAGGAAGACAAACCCAAGAAGGAGGAGAAGACUUGGAAGGAGGAACGGAAGCCCAAAUCUCCCUCAUCACAAAAUAUGGAGAAGAGUGGUGAUGCAGAUGAGGAUGAGUGGGAGGAUGCCAGCGACGAAGAGGACUAUGAUACGGACGGGGAUGACGACGAUGAGGGGGAGGAGGAAGGGAGAGACGGACAGUCCACGAAGAAGGCACCUCGCCCAGAAACCACAGCAUUAAAGCCCGUCGCCACCUCACCCCUUCCCUCCACUCCCCCCUCCGCAACCAGUCCCAAAGAGAAGCGCACCCCGAGGCCCAAGGUCUACAUCCCCUCCCCACAGGAGGCUCAGAACUCCCCCGAUGGCCUCAAGCCCCUCAGUCCCUUUUCUCUCCUGGACGGCCACCAGCCGGUCAGAGACUGGGGGGAGGAGAUGGAGAUGCAGUCACCCCGGAGCAGUAUGGGGGAAAGCCCCCCAAAACCCCCCAGCACUGAUGAGGGCCCUGCCCAGGUUAAAGUCCAAGAAGACAGCCGCAACUCCAGCCCCAGUCCCAACGAGAAGGAGAGAGACAAACGGACAGUUGUGGUCACUGCUGCUCCACCAGAGGAGACUCUGAUCCAGGAAAAAAACCCUGCAUCAUCAUCAUUAGAUCCUGUCUCUACACCCAAUGAUCCCCCAGAGAAAGAGAAGACCACAGCCAUUCCACCAGCCCAGGAGACACCUGCUACCCCCACAGAGGAUGAGGCCCCUGCCGCCGCUCCUGUCCUGGAGGCUGACCAGAGCCUGUCUGGGCUGGCCACAGCCCCAGAGACGGCCCCAGACACCUCAGAGCAGUCAUCUUCAGGCUGAGAUCUGCUCUAGGAAACUGACUUUUCAGUACUAGUGGUUCACAGAUGGGAGGAUGAGGGGAGAAAAGAAUGACAAGAAGGAAGAUACUGGGCCUCGUGCACCAUGACUGGAGCAGCCAUCACAGACAGCCUGGAGGGAUGUGGUCGGGCACCAUGACUGGAGCAGCCAUCACAGACAGCCUGGAGGGAUGUGGUCGGGCACCUGGCCUCCAAACCGCUUCCUCUCCUCAACAAUCAGACCACGUAUGUUCUGUUCUGUUUGACUAGGAGCAGCACCUUGUAUAGAAUAGUGAUACUGCCGUUCAUUUGAGCCACUAUGGUAAAUGGCUUGGGUUUUAUAGCAGCCAAUCAGGAUGUAACUGUGCUGUCAACAAAGCCCUGACUUGUUUUUACCUUUUUCUUUUUGUGUUAUUGGUUUGUGUGUGAUUAACAAAUCAAACUAUUACAUUUCGCAAAGACUGAAAAAUAUUAAAUUCUCUUACCUCAGUUUUUCAACCUUUUUAGCAUUUUUUUAAAACCACCUCUUUUGGAAGGUCAAAGAGACUAUGCCCCUUCAACAUGGCUAAAAAUGCCAUAUUUGGCAUGCUAACAGUUGAAAGAGCAUUCUCCUUGAAUGUAGACAUCCUGGUGAUGGUUUAUCCACACUUGUUUUUAAUAGCCCUUACUUUAAAUAUUGCCAAGACCCCCCCCCCCCCCAAAAGGCAAUAAGGUGCCAUUUGCAAUGCGAACCCUCUCUUUGUGAAGUGUGCAUGGAUAAGGAUUGGCCUUAAAAUGUAAUACUUUUCAGUUAUAUUUUGUCAUGAAACUGAUAAUGUGAACGAAUAUAAGCCAUGCCAUUGAAUAAUGUACAUUCUGUCUCCUGAUAAUGUAACAAUGUUGGUUUACAUUUGGGACCCCAAGAGGAGUAUAGUUAAAUGUUAUUCCGUUAUUUUUAAGUGGGGUACACUGUACUUAAAUACAGGCAUCAUGUGAUCCUGGCAAUUAUGUUUGUUGAUAACCAUGACAAUCCAAAGCUUUCCUUUAAUUUCUUAUUUGCAAUAGAUCGCUAGUGGCGUUUCUAGUUUUAAUCAAGGGGCAUCAGAACAUGUAGCUCAACAAGCCAAGAUUUUGGUUAGAUUUUUAAUCUUGUUGGCUUUUUAGCCUACUCUUAGUCAUGAACUCAAACUCUGGCUCACCUAUCAUGUUCAGGAGCACAGAUAUUGAACUAUGCUUUAAUUUUAUUUCUCAAAAAGUAAUGAAGAGGUGAGAUGCGAAGUCAAGAACCCAAGGAAAUGCAAUAUGUAGCCUAUAGUAUUUUGAAAGCAACUAAACAUUCCAAUGUUUUGUGUGUGGGGGGGGAAAGGCAUCUAUUGUCAUUUGCAUUCGUAUAUCCUCGUUUUCCGUUUCUGAUGACUUCGUGAUUGUAUUAUAAGCAUCGAAUUUACCUGCAAUUUCUUCGUUUGAAUACAAAAUUGCGUUGAUUUUUGGAGUGGAAUGUAACUGGCCUAUCUAAACUAGCUUGACCCGAAAUCGAAUACAUCAGUUGAUAACCAUGAUUUUUUUAUUCCAAGAUAUUGACACUUUAAUCAAUCAAGCAGGAGAUUACAAUUGAAAGCUUUUUGAUUUGUCAGGAAACUCAUUGUUUCAUAUGCAACUGUCAAAUUUUCAACAUGAAAUGUAUUCUGUUUUAUUUUGCUUCUUAGUUUUCAUAUCAAAUAAAUGUAUGGUGGUACGGUUUCUCGUGAUUUACAAUAAAUGCAACCUCAAACAGCAGACUGA